AUAGUGGACAAUCACUUAUAAAUUGGCCUCCCCUUGCUUAUAAAACCUAUUUGUUGGGGAGGAUAGUGGUAUGGACCAUAAUUGUCCGAUCACUUAUAAAUUUGCCCCCCAAUUAUUUAUAUACACAUUUACACAUUACAUAUAAAUUAAUUUAAAAAAUAGUCAGUGUUGGGGGUGGAUAGUGGACAAUCACUUAUAAAUUUGCCUCCCCCUCGCUUAUAAAACCUAUUUGUUGGGGAGGAUAGUGGUAGGGACCAUAAUUGUCCGAUCACUUAUAAAUUUGCCCCCCAAUUAUUUAUUAAACAAAUUAAUCUCGAGUAUCAAAAUAUGACUUUAUUGAUGGAACGACAAAAACGAAUUAAUAAUUACAACUAUCAUUUAAAUCACACAACACUUUAUGUGUUGACUUUUUGUACUCGCUGUCUUUGUGCAAAAAUGCUCGUUUUUUCUCAAGUUUCGUCUUGUUCAUUUUUGAUGAAAUGAUCAUGAAAUUCUCAACCAUAUCGAGUUAUGAUGAUUAUUUGGUACUGACAAAUGUUAACCAAUAUUUCGGGUAUGUCUCAUGUUAUGAUAAAUUUCACCUUGCAGUGUACACCGCAGACUUUCGUCUCUGUGUCUCUGUGCAGAAGUUAAUCAAAUUGAAAACGAGGUUUAUGAAUAUUUCCUACGUGACCUAUCACAUGGAACAAAAUAUGAAAUCUUUGUUAAAACUUAAAUUUUGGCCGGAAGUGGACCACAAUCACAAGUAGUGCUGAAACGUACACUUGAUGGAGAUAUACCACCUGCACAACUUCUAAUUGCAAAAGGAAACCACGUCAAAUUCUAUUUCAUUACGAUGGCAUCAAGGAGAUAAUCGUAAUUCGAUUACAAAAAAACAAGACAAGGUUUGCUUUUAAUUUAAUUGUGGUAUCGAAUUUGAGGUUUAGAUUAAAUUCUAAAUUUUUCAUCAUAAUUUUCACCAAAACGCGGCGCUAAUUAUCUUAUUGAAAACUUGAUUUUGAAUUUUCUGUCCAAAAUACUUUUUUCGAUUGUGUUACUCACAUUCAAUGUUUGGUUACAAGAAAUUUGCCUGUGAAAAUGCUGAAUUUUAUUUCCAAGUUUUUCGCUUUGAUCAUUUUUAUUUCAUCUGUUCACAGCGAUGAAUCUCCAGUACUCGUUAAACUUUAUUCAAAAAAUGAACAAACCAAAGGUUCAGAUCUUGUGUUGACUUGUAAUGUCGCCAAAGGCAGUAAACCAUUACGGUUUCAAUGGUUCAAAAAUGGUGUUGAAUUAUCCAAUACUGGACGAUCGACAAUUGAAAACAAAGAUAUUUUCUCUUUUUUUACAUUGAGAAAUAUCGAUUCCAAUGAUGUGGGAAAUUAUUCUUGUGUUGUUACCAAUAAAUUCGGAUUCGAUAAACUUUGGAUUCAACUAACAGUUACAGUACCACCAACAUGGAUAGUCGAACCGAAAGACACACACACCAAUGGUAAGGAAAAUGUUCGUAUGGAAUGUAAAGCCGAUGGAUCACCCAAACCGACUAUCAAAUGGAUCACAUCAAAAGGAAUCACAAUCGAGUCUGAAUAUCUGGAUGUCAAUAAAUAUCGGACUGCCAAUGUUGAUACGUAUGAAUGUGUAGCUGAUAACGGUGUUGGCGAACCAUUACGAAAAUCGAUCAAAGUUUCUUUCAUGGUGCCCGUCAAAUUUCACGAAAAGUUUGCUUCUUUAAAAGUAAAACGAAGCGAAAGUGUACGGCUAGAAUGCAAUGCUACUGGUGAUCAACCGCUUACGGUACAAUGGACCAAAAAUAAUGUCAAACUUGAUAAGCUUGGAUCCAACUAUGAAAUCAUCGAUACGAACACUGAUGAUGGAAUUCGAUCCGAAUUGUUCAUUCAGACUAGCCAGACUAUGACAGAUGAUGCACACACUUCCAUUUAUAAAUGUUUUGUCGAAAAUGAACAUGGUAAAGAUGAACGAACUAUUCGAUUGGAAGUUGUGGAAGUGCCUGGUAUGCCAAAAAAUGUUCAUGUCAAAGAGGUUUGGUCUCGGACAGUAAGCUUAUCAUGGUCAGAACCAUUCAAUGGUAAUCUCCCAAUACAAAAAUAUACGGUCCAAUAUUGGCGUUAUCAAAGUGCACCACAUCGUCUUAACGAAGUUUUUGUUCCCGGAUCACAAACAUCCUUCUUCCUCAAAGAUCUAAGCCCUGGUCAAUCGUAUGAAUUGAGUGUAAUCGCUGAAAAUGAAAUCGGUAAAGGUGCGUCAUCAGCACCGGUCACAUUUACAACCGGUGAGGAAGAACCUUCUGCUCCACCGAAUGACAUUUCACUUGAAUCGAUGGGACCCUCAACGGUCAGAUUGGUCUGGCGAUCACCACCAAUCGAAAAUUGGAACGGAGAAAUCACAGGCUAUUAUGUUGGAUAUCGUAAAGCUCGGGACAAUAAUUCACCCUAUGUUUAUAUAACUGUACCUACAUCUGCAGCCAGUCGUGAUUCAAAUCAAGCACAAAAAACACGACCAAAAGAGAUAACAUUUCAUGAAUAUUUUCUACGGCAAUUAAACAAAGGAACUGAAUAUAGUGUCGUAGUCAAGGCUUAUAAUUCGGCUGGAAGUGGUCCACAAUCACAUCCGAUGGUUGCACAUACAUUCGAUGGUGAUUUACCACCUGCAUUCCAAUUGAAUGUUAUCGACAAUACGGAGGAGACAAUUUCGUUACAAUGGUACCAAAAAUUACCUCACUCUAAUUAUCCACAAUCAGCUAUUUCCGGAUAUACUAUUCAUUAUCGGAAAGAAAAUGAAGCCAAAUGGAAAGAAGUGCCCAUCAGUAAUAAUAAUGCAAAUCAGCCAACGGUCGAUCCAAAUUCAUCAUUCAAUUCAUAUUCAUUUGUAUUGGAGAAUCUGGAACACAAUGCAAAGUAUAUGAUCUAUCUGGUGGCUAUUAAUCGUUUCGGUGUUGGUGACCCAAGCAAUGUGAUCACAGCACGUACACAUAAUGGAAUGGCCGUAGUAUCGCAUGAAGUCAUACGACGUUUUCAUGGCGCUAAUUAUUAUUUAGAACCAUUGUUUUUAUGGCCAUUACUUUUUGCAUUGGUAAUCAUUAUAAUCGUUAUGAUCGUUGCAUAUGUAUGCAUUCGUAAGACAAGAAAUGAAAGCGAUAAUCCCUUCAACUUGGAUGCAGCUACUCUGAAUAAACGUCUGUCAGCUGCAUACAACGUAGGAACCACCCCUCGUUAUGCUGAUUUCGAAAAGACGGCCAAUAAAACAUUGUUGAUGAGCAUCGACGGACAACCACCAACUUCGGCUACUGCUGGCUAUCCAACACCAUAUGCAGCUUCGACACCAUGGGAACGACCAUUGCCAAAUCCACAGACAAUGAAAAAAGAUGGCCACAUCUAUGAUCAUCCUCAAUAGGAAAUGAAUAAAAAGCAUCUCUUUUCGUCAAGAAUCUCAAAGUCGAUUCUGAUCUCCAAAUACACAAAAACACACACCAAUUUCAACAUGACAUUCUUAUGAACAUCAAUACAAAGUCGCUCAAAUAUAUUUGUCGUUUAAUUUUACGGCCAUAUACGUAGCGUAUAGAAUACUCGCACGAAUAUUCUCUCACUUUUUUGGCCCCCUAAUACUCCUCUUUUUCUUUCUGGCUUGUUAUUUGUUUCAUCAUUUUUUCUUCACAGUCGCCAUCCUUUGAAUUUGCAGCUAAUAGUCUUGCCUAAAUUUUAUUCUUUUUUCAUUUUGAAAACUUCCAAUUCUUACAGUAGGAUUUUUUUUUGUGAUAUUUUUAUGAUGCUAUUUUUUUUUUUUUUUUUUCCUGAUAUUCUUUCGUUUCUUGUGUCUUUUAAAUAAUAACAAUGAUAAUAAAAUCUGAUUUAAAUAA